AUGCACGGCCGAAUAAAUACGGUAGUCUUUGAUUUGGGAGGGGUCCUCCUCCCGGCUCCAUUCUCUUUCUGGUCCGGUAAGAGAAUCAAAAAAGAAGGAGUUUUGUUUAGAUCUGGAGAAGAAAUGGGGUCUGAAGAGCGGAUCCGUUGGGAAGACGCUGUUGUCGCCUCAGGUCAAGCCAAGAUUCGAUGAAUUGGAGAGGGGAGAGCUGACCUUGGAGGACUUCAAACCUCUGUAUACUUACUUUUACAACAAACAAGUAAGUAAUUGGAGGUAUAGUAAUAGGGGGAGUACCCCAAACGCUCAGAUUAUGAUGAAACUUGGCGCAACUUUAGAAUAAUUUUUUCUCAGGCAUAUGACAGCUUCCUAGCUUGCGCUUUGCGAAAAUGACCAUGAUUUUUAGAUCGAAAAUUGGCAAAAAUGUGACACUUUUUUGCCAAUUUUGAUAUCAAAACUUUCAUGCCAAUUUCUACUGCAGAGUAUAAUGUUUCCACAAAAAAUUAUUCUUUUCCGCACGAAACCGGCAAGGAUACGGCCAAAAAGUUUUCUUCUCUCUGACCGCUCUCCGCCUUUCGCGUACUCUCUCCUCCGCAAAGACUGUUCAAUAUCUCGGCGGCGGCUGCAGAUUACGAGCUAAAAUUUUUCGGAAAUGAUAAGUUGCCUAUUUCUGAUAGUGUGCAAAAUUCACGAAAAAAUCUUUGCGUCGCUCUUUGCGUACUUCCUUUGUAAAAUAUGUAAAUAUUAUGAUUUGUUCAGAAUGGGACCAAUCUUGCUUCCUUACCCUGUCUGGAUUGGAAUGCCCCUGUGUUUGAUACGGAAUGGGUGCCCAUUCUGGAAUUCCUGAGAGCUCAAGGCUACAAAGUUUACUUGCUCUCCAAUAACUGGUAUUAUGAUCGGGCCAGAAGCGCCCCGACUCUGCCAAUCAACACUACUCUGUUUGAUGGGGUAUUUGAGUCUUGCCGAUUACAAAUGAGAAAGCCGGAGCCGAGAAUAUUCAAGAGUGUUAUGAAAACGCUGAACCUGCAACCGGAUCAGAUCUUAUUCAUCGAUGACUUGGGAGAGAACCUCAAGUCCGCAAGAGCACUCGGUUGGAACACGAUCAAAGUAGGUGACUUAAAUUAAUGUAAUACAAAUUUUAGUGCGUAAACAGACCGAGUACGAUCAUGGAGAUCGAGAGACAUCUCGGAAUCAGCCUUAAGAAUCAUAUUUCGGGCGCCGUUGAUGAGGAACGCAGUAAGGAAUUAAACAAAUAUUAAAAAGUAUGUUGUAGAUGCCCAACUGGAUAGUCGAGCAUUGCUAUCGUACCUUCAACGCAAAUACAAAUCACAAUCAACCAGUUUGACUGUUAAGCGAUUUGUUCAUGGUCAAUCCAAUCCAACUUUUUAUAUCAAAUUUGAUGACAAAGAAUUUGUCCUGAGGAAGAAGCCGGUAAGCGGAAAGGCUGAAGAUCAAAAACAAAAUUCUGUUUUAGUCCGGUGUCUUAUUGCCAUCGGCUCAUCUCAUUGACCGCGAAUUCAAAGUCCAAAAAGCCCUAAAAGGUCAAAUCCCGGUGCCGGAAGUGAUUGAUUAUGUUGAAGGGUAAGUGAACACAGCAAAAUUCAAGUGCUCUCAGUGUUCUGGACACUCCAUUCUACUUGAUGAGCUAUGUUCAAGGGCGCAUCUUCACUGAUUAUGAACUUAAAAACAUCCCCAAAGACCAGAGGAAACUUUAUUGGAUGGAGUUGGUGAGAGUUUUGGCCAGAAUCCACGGAGUUAACUAUAACGCGUCUGGCCUGCAAGGCUUUGGGAAACAUAGCGAUUACCUUGAAAGAAAUCUCAAGAGAUGGUAUCAUAACUACCAAGCAACAAAGACCAUGGAAUUGAAUAUAGUGGAUCAGCUAUAUGAGAUGUUGAUUCGGAAGAUCCCCAAAGAUACGAUGGUUACGCUGAUCCAUGGGGAUUUCAGAUUGGAUAAUGUCAUCUUCCAUCCAACCGAGCCCCGAAUUAUCGCUGUUAUUGACUGGGAAAACUCGACCAUUGGCGAUCCGAUGACGGAUCUGGGGACGGUUCUUAUCAAUUACUAUCACGAUGAGAAGAGCGUCUUCCCUUCCGUUAAACCCAUAUCUACACUGAAAGACAGAGGUCUUCUGGAGGACAAAGAGCUGUUCCAGGUGUAUCGACAAGAGCUGGCACUCUCUUCGCAACGCACUCCCAAAUGGAUGGAGCUGGGCGUGAAGAGCGACGAGUGGAACUUCUACAUCUCGUUCCUUCUCUUCAGAUUGGCUGCUGUGUGUCAAGGAGUGUAUAAAAGACAUCUCAUUGGGCAGAACACGGCUCCCAAUGCUCAACAUUUCGGCCAUUUGUCAAAGAAACUGUUCGAGCAAGGCUAUGUUGUCCUCAGGCAAACUAGUUUUGGCCAAUUUCCCAUAGUCCCAUCAGCAAUGUCCAAAAGAGGACAAUGGUUUUACGAGAAUGUCAAGGAGUUCAUGGAGACUGUAAGUAUUUGCAAAGGGUUUCAUCAGGGAUUUUCAGGAGAUUCUUCCACGAGAACAAGAGUUUAUUCAAUGGUUUAACAGCGAUAAAUGCUUUACAAUAAUGCCACUGGUUGAGCAACUCAAGGCCAAGGCGAGAGCCAAGGGUCUUUGGAAUCUGUUCAUCCCGCCUUACAUUGACCCUAAAGGCGAAUUCGGCCAAGGUCUGACGAAUGUCGAGUACGGGCACAUCGCCGAGUUGAUGGGAAGGUGCAUGUACUCACCGGAGAUUUUCAACUGCAGUCCGCCUGACACCGCGAAUAUGGAGGUAAGCGCUUAGUACAAUGGUAUUGACGUCUCUCAGGUGUUGGUGAAAUACGCAACUCGGGAUCAGCAGAACAAAUGGUUGAAGCCGUUGCUGGAUGGAGAGAUCCGGUCCUGUUUUUCGAUGACGGAAAAGGAUGUCGCCUCGUCUGACGCUCUGAACAUCCAAGCUCCGAUCUACCGAGAUGGGAAGGGAAACUUUGUGAUCAACGCGAAGAAGUUCUUCACUUCCCAUGCAUCCCAUCCGAACUGUAAAAUUUGCAUAUUUAUGGGGAAAAUUGAGGGAUGGCAAAAGAGGAAUGUGCAUGAGAGACAAAGCGCUGUUUUGAUCCCGAUGGACACGCCUGGAGUCAAAGUGGUACGACCGCUCACAAUAUUGGGAUCGUAUGAUGCACCGGGUAAUACAGAUUGUAAUUCUUAAUCAUCUAGUUUAGGUGGCCAUUGUGAGAUUUUGUUCGAGAAUGUCGUCGUGCCCGAAAGUAAUCUUUUGUUGGGAGAAGGUCGCGGAUUCGAGAUAGCCCAAGGCAGAUUGGGGCCUGGCCGGAUUCACCACUGUAUGCGGUUGAUUGGCCACUCGAUGAGAGCCAUUGAACUCCUCAAGGAAAGGGCGCUUUCUGAUCGCACGGUGCAAGAUCACAAGUUGAUGGAUUUCCAGACGGUUCGAAUGGACUUGGCCCAUUCUCUAAUCGAGGUGGAACAGGCCAGACUACUCGUCCUCAAAACGGCGCACAUCAUAGAUACGGUGGGAGCGAAACUGGCAUUGAAGGAGAUCGCCAUGAUCAAAGUUUUGGUUCCUCAAGUGGCCUACAAGAUCAUCGACCGCGUCAUUCAGAUCUAUGGGGCUGCCGGUCUCACGCAUGACUAUCCUCUGGCCGGACUAUUCAGUCGAACUCGGAGUUUAAUGAUCGCCGAUGGCCCGGAUAUUGUGCACUUGGAGACGGUUGUAAAGAGCGAGAUAUCAAAAAUUUAG